AAAAAUAAAAAUUGACGUCGACGAUACUGUAAUCACUCAUCUUAGCGAAGCUGGUUAUUCUCCUGCUUAUGGUGCAAGACCUUUAAAUCGAUUAAUACAAAAUGAAAUACUAAACAAACUCUCCGUCCUAAUGCUACGAGGCCAGAUCAAAGAAAAUGAAACUGCUCACAUAUUCUUACAUGAAAAAAAAAUAUAUAUUCAACCUAAUCAUGAAUCUACCUCUGAAAUACUCGACGAAAGUAUGGACGAUGAUGUAAUGUCUGAAGACAUCGAUCCAGAAGAAAUUUAUUGAUUUUAAUAUAUUUUAUUUUUAACCCAUUUUCUAAGACUAUAAUACAGCCCUUCAACGGUCAACCUCUUCAAUACUAGUAAAAAAUGGAUCGUCUGCAUCAAGAAUAUAGAAAUAAGGAGUCAUAUAUAGGCCGGAAUAUUGAUUUAAGCCGGUCAGAGUCAGAAUUAACAGUGAAUAUUAAGAAGGCAACAAGUAUUAAAGAAACAGCGCCUAAAAGAAAACAUGUUAGAAGUUGUAUAGUUUAUACGUGGGACCAUAAGUCAUCAUUAUCAUUUUGGGCGGGACUUAAAGCACAGCCUAUUUUAUCGGACGAUAUCCAGAUUUUUAAGGCGUUAAUAUGCAUGCACAAAGUGAUACAAGAGGGGCAUCCAGUGACACUUCAAGAGGCACAAGCUCAGAAGUCGUGGCUUGAGAUUUGUUCACGUUCGGUGAUUGGGGGCAAUACUAAGGGGUACGGAAGCCUAGUGAAGGAAUAUGUGGAGUUUUUAAUAUCUAAGCUUUCGUUUCAUAAGUUACACCCAGAGUUUAAUGGAAUGUUUGAAUAUGAUGAAUAUUUAACGCUUAAAAAUACGAGUGAUCCAAAUGAAGGAUACGAAACCAUUACAGAAUUGAUGCAAUUGCUAGAUCGAAUUGAUUCGUUUCAAAAAACGAUAUUUUCGCAUUUUAGAAGUGGAUCUACAAAUGAAUGUCGUAUUGCAGCGUUAGUUCCUUUGGUUCAAGAAAGCUAUGGAAUAUAUAAAUUUAUUACAAGCAUGAUUCGAGCUAUUUAUCAUAGUACACAAUCUAGUGAAGGUAUUAAACCUCUUAAAUUAAGAUAUAAUUCUCAACAUCAAAAACUUGUUAAAUUUUAUUAUGAAUGUUCUAAUCUUAGAUAUCUCGUUAAUCUAAUAUCACUACCAAAAUUAUCACAGGAUCCAGAAGAAUUAAUAGAAGAAGAUCUUGAAAUAUCUUCGCAGAAAUUAUCUAUGCAAGAAAAAGAUUCAUUAUCAGAAGGGUCGUCGAAAAAUGAUGAUAAUUAUGACAGGUCAUCCAAUAUUUUGUCUAGUAGUCAAAUGCGAAAAACACCUACAUGUGAAGAACAAUUUCAAGCUCAAAAAGAAGCAGAAUACGCGAAACAAGAAUAUGAUCAACAAAGAAUAUAUGUUGAACAGCAAAAAUUAGCUCAUGAACGACUAUUAAAUGAACAAUAUCAAGUAUAUAUUCAAAAUAGAAUUUCAGAAUUAGAACAAGAAGUUUUUAAUAUGCGCGGACAAUAUAAUAGAGACCAACAUAUGCUUGAACAAUAUGAUAAGAGAGUUAAGGUUUUAGAGAAUGAAUUACAGAGUUUAAAUAUGAAUGCAUCCCAACAAAUCGAAAAUAAAGAUGGUUACAUCAAAUCGCUUCAAGACCGAGUUACUAUGUGGAAAAAUAAGUACGAGUCUUUAGCACAAUUAUAUACUCGACUUCGUGAAGAACAUAUAGAAUUUCUUUCAAAUUUUAAACAAGUUCAAUUAAAAGCAGCAUCUGCUCAAGAAUCCAUUGAGAAAAAAGAGAAAAUAGAAAAAGAGAUGGACAACAAAAACAUGGAAUUAGCCAAUAUAAUUCGUGAAAGAGAUCGUUUAAAACUUGAUAUGGAUAAAUUAAAAAAUCAAAAGGAGGAACUGGAUAAAAUUAACAAAAAUUUAAUGUCGAAUUUAGAAAAAACUGAAAGUUCUGAAAAAUCCAAAUCUCUUGAGCUUUCUUCAUUAACAUCUAAAUAUAAUAAAGAGGUUUCGGAUUUUGAAAAAUUGCUUUUGGUUAAGCAAAAAAUGAUUGAUGAAGUAUCAUUAAAGUUACAAGAAUCAUAUGAUCAAUUAGAAAAAGUGUCAAAAGAAAAAGAUGAUGAACUAGAGAUUUAUAAAGCCGAAGUGGAUUCUGCAUUUAUGAAACUUAAUGAUUUACAUAUGAAUAAUCGUAAUAUGGAUUCUGCUAUCAAUUCUGAAAUUAAUCGCAUUUUAAAUGAUAACUCUAACAAACUUAAUAAUAUUAUUGAUGCUAUUUUGCAAAGUUCUAUACAAAUGAUCGAUAAUUCUUUAUACGAACUAGCUUCUUCUAUGCAGACAGGCAAUCAAAAUUCAACUCCUGAAUAUUUACUAUCAACAAUUGAAAAAGGAAGUUCUAAUGCUAUGGAUUUUUUUACUGCUUUUAGUAAUUUUAUAGCGGAUAGUCCAAAUGGAGAUCAUUCUGAAAUAAUACGUUUGAUUAAUAUAUUUUCGAGUUCUGUCAGUGAAAUACUCAAUAAUGCAAAAGGAGUCGCUAGACUUGCUAGUAAUGAGGAUAUUGGGGAAAGGCUUAUUUCAUAUGCCCAUGAUUUUGCUAUUAUUUCACAGAAAAAUUUAGGUGCAUUACAAACACAUUCGUUAAUAGAUCUUUCAGAUGAAAAAAAGAUUGAAAUAAUUAUUUCAAAAAAUUUAGAUGUCCAAUUAUGUUUGAAAAAGCUUGCUCAGUUAUCCGAAAGUUUUGUACCUAAAGAAAUUGUGGAUUUAGUUGCAAAUUCAAACGAAGAAGAUAUAGGUGAUUUAGUAGACAGAGAAUUAAAAAAUGCAGAACGUGCAAUUGAAGAAGCAGUUGCUCGUCUAAGCAAGCUAAAAGAGCGGCCAAAAGAUUUACAAUUUACAUGCUCCGAAUUACAAAUACAUGAUUCUAUACUUGAAGCUGCAAUCGUUAUUACUCAUGCUGUUUCUCAAUUAAUCAAAGCUGCCACCGAUUCUCAAAAUGAAAUCGUUAGUCAAGGAAAAGGCUCUAGCACUAGAGCUGCAUUCUAUAAAAAGAAUAAUCGAUGGACUGAAGGGCUUAUUUCUGCCGCUAAAACUGUUGCUGGUUCAACAAACAUCCUUAUUGAAACUGCUGAUGGUGUAAUUAGCGGCAGAAAUAGUCAUGAGCAAUUAAUCGUUGCUUCUAACGAAAUGGCUGCUGCUACUGCUCAACUUGUUGCUGCAUCAAGAGUUAAAGCAAGUUUUAUGUCCGAAACACAACAAAAAUUAGAAAAUGCUUCAAAAGCCGUUUCUCUUGCAUGCAAAACCCUUGUCAAACAAGUACAGGAAAUCGUAGCAUCUCGUUUUCAACAAGAUAACUUUUUCGAUUAUUCUAAACUUACUCCACAUGAAUUCAAAGUACACGAAAUGGAACAACAAGUCGAAAUUCUCAAAUUAGAAAAUCAACUUGCAAAUUCAAGAAAGAAAUUAGGAGAAAUGAGAAAAGUCUCUUAUCAUAAAGAAAUAAUCGAUUCAUAA